UUCGGGGAGUUGUGUAGGCAUAGCUGGCCUUAGGCUCCUACAUUAUGUUCAUGUACAUGUACAUGUAUGUUCCGACCCAACGUCUGCAGUCUAUUUCUACGUCUUCUUGAAUCUUGCGGUUUUGAGCUCGCAGUUGGAAACCAUUUUCACUGGCACCCGGUGGAGAAUCUUGGACAUGCAUCUUUAGGCCUAGCAAGCUUUGAAACAGCUCCAAUAUAUCCUCUUGAUGAACCAGUCGGAACCGGUUGGAUCCGGCGGCGUCCACUCUGAGCCAGUAUGCCCCCAGACCUGAAGAAGAAGCCCAUGAUGCUGCAGUGCGAAUGGCAGAGCUGCGGAGUGACAGAAAGCCACAUGGACCAGUUCCUGCUCCACGUCAACGACCACGUGAAUCUUAUCUUGCCCGACGGCGUCAAUGCCGAAAACUACAAAAACUUUGAAAUAACGCCAACCCAGGACGAGCUACAGUGUGACUGGACAGGAUGUAACUUCACUACUACCGAUGGUGAAAUGACACUGGUCCGGCACCUGUACUUCCAUGCCUACCAUGCCAAGAUCAAGUGGUGGGCCAAACAGGAGCAGUCUAAGAAUGACUUUGGCCAGUGCAUCCUGGGAGAGACGACGCGAAACUUGAUCCCCGAGCUACCGGAAGGGUUUGUCUGCUACUGGCGUGACUGUCAGUUUUAUACAGAUAACGCGGAGCAUUUCUACCGCCACGCCGACAAUCAUGGGAUGAUUGAGGAUCCGGUGAUGGUGGGGGAAACAGAGACAUACCCUUGCCGUUGGGAAGGUUGCGACUCUGUGACCAAGACCAAGUACAAGCUGGCCGAGCACCUGCGCAGUCACACCCAGGAGAAGAGAUUUGCCUGCGCCGAGUGCGGCAGCCUCUUCAGUAACAGGGCCAAAUUCAUCGACCACAUCGCGAGACAGAUCGCCAUAGAGUUGCAAAACUACCAGUGCUCUCAUUGCUCCAAGAUUUUUGCCUCCGAGCGGUUGCUAAGAGACCACAUGAGGCAUCAUGUCAACCACUACAAAUGCCCCAACUGUGACAUGACGUGCACCAAUCCCUCUAUGCUGAAGGCUCACAUCAAGUGGAAGCACACCAAUGACCGGCCGUUCCAGUGUGACCUCUGCGACCACAGUUGUAAAUCGCUGAAUGCUCUACGCAAGCAUCAUGCCACCCACUUGCCCGAUAACCUCAUGAUGUGUGACGAGGAAGGCUGCCACUAUACGGCCUAUGCCAUGACCACCAUGCGCAGGCACAUGAAACGAUGCCAUACUAAUGAAAAGAAACGACCGUAUGCUUGCCACGUUUGCGGGAUGCGUUACUCCUGCGGAGCAACUCUCACCAGACAUCUCAAGGUGAAACACAAGUUUAAGUGGCCGUCCGGACACAGUAGAUUCAGGUACAAGAAGCAAGAGGACGGGCUGUAUCGCCUGCAGACGGUGCGCUUCGAGAGCCUGGAGCUGACGGAGCAGAUUCUGAAGGAAAAACAGCAACAACAGCUCCAGCACCAAGAGAAGCAGCAAGAGCCGCAGCCAGAGGAGAGCUGCUCCCCUGGAGAGGCUGACAACUCCUGCGAGAUGGAGGACGACGACAGCCGAGGCGGCGAGGUCGGGAUCAGAUACAGGCUAAACAGUGAGGGGAUCGUGCAGCGAGUCUGGGACGAGCCGGCCUCGGCGUCUGCCACACAGCCUGGCGGGCAGACUGUUGCCACGGAGGAGGAUGUUGCCGUGGAAACAGUGGUCCUCAUACCAGAAUCGGGUGACUCGGAGCAGGAUCCGGGCGAAGUGCCACAACAAAUCUAUUUAAUUUAUGAAUGAAUGCAGAUCAGAUUUAGAUGUUGACACUAAUGCUUUCGUGGAAAGACCAUUGGGAUUUUGAAAUCUCACGUUUCUCAUCCAUUUCAUGAAGAGUGUUUGAAGAUGUCAUCUUGCUGCAAUAACCCCUUGGGGCUGUCCCCCCCGGCAAUUCCAAAAAGAGGCAAAGUUUUAAGUGUUUAAAUCAUAGAAAGACUGGCAAUGCUCUGGUGAUAUUUCAUUACCUGUUCUUUCCAAAGAUGCGAGUACACCUGAAAAUUCAGCCUGAGAACGAAUAUCAGAAGACACAUAGAAAGUCUCAAAUGUCUUCCCUGAAACUGUAUUUGUGGAUCCAUAGGCUCAGGGCAACUCCAUUUUCUGCCCAAAAACCCAAAGUCUUUGAUGACAUAGUUUUGUGUUGUUUGUAUUACAAUGUUCAAAUGUAAAUGCGAGUAAGAAGAAUUUCCCAUUAUUGGACAAUAAAUUAAUUGAAGUGAAUGACAGGUUAACGGCGCACACAAGGUGGACCUCCACAUCAAAAAAGUCCACGCGUUGUUUCUCGUCUCUGAAAAAACAGCUUCAGAGCAUUUUGGGGUCUGGAUGAUCUGUGGCAAAAUAAAGAGGAACGGUUCAGGAAAUCGUCAAAAGCCAGCUGGAAGGAGUAUCAUUUUUGCACCCACAGGAGACUAAAAGGAACGUCCACACUAUGUAUGUAAAAGAAGGAAGUGUGAGCAAAAAGAGGCAAGGGGUGUAGGGCCCGGGUCGGCUUAAGGGCCCUGUAAAAUCUUGGAUUCUAUUAUAAGUGAGGUACUUUUGUAAUAUCUAUUCACCAUGAACACUGACCCGAUAACUCAC